AUGAAUCGAUCCACCGAAUUAGAGGACCCUUGCUCUCCAUGUGGCAUUUGUCGGCAGUUCCUCAUUGAGUUCGGGGACUACAAGGUCAUUCUCGCCUCUUCAACAAGUGAACAGAUCAUCGAAACUACUACGUAUGGACUUCUGCCGUUUGCUUUUACGCCCAAAUCAUUGGAUACGUAUGAGAUGGAGAGUGAGAAGAGAAACCACACUGAUGAGAAAUAUUGA